UGAAGUGUAUUCAUUCGUGUCUAGCCGCGGGAGAUUUUAUUUGAAUUUUGAAAAGCUGGCUUAUACAACUACGCCGAAAAUAAAAAAAGAAAGAAAAGGUUAUGUCAUGUAUUGUAAUGUAAGGGAAACAACUCGUAUUGUCUUGUUAAAGCAUGCAGUCAUGAGUUAUCUGUAUUGAGGUUUAUAUCUGUGUGAAUCUAUGAAUAAAGUCAGUUGUGAGUUACACGCGAACGAGUUCAGAGAUAUUACAGAUAGGACGACGAAAUAUGCUAGAAAAUGACAUAGGCAUGGGAUUGUAAUACAUAAACAGAUUCUUAACCAUUAUCCUCAUAAAGUUGCAAAAAUGCAUUAUUUUAAAAUCACUUUACUUUGCUGUGUUAUCAUGCUAUUAUUGCUUGGCUUUUAUCAAAUGCUAAACCAAUGUCAGGGUAUGAUAAUAUGGCUCCAGUUUUCAAAAUUUGGAACUCAAGAAUAUACGAAAAACACAGAAAAAAACUAUUAUCAAGCACACAAAUAUUUAGGUAAUUCGUAUGAAAAUUUGAAUCACAAGAUUGAACCUUUAGUUCAGAGUCAAGCAGGCAACCGACUUAAAAAUAAAACCAAUUCGCACACUAUAAAGAAUAAAAAUAUUGACAAAAUUGGAACACCUGACAAAAUAGGAACACCUGCAUGUUCCAUACCUAAUCCAUCAGCUCGAUUUGACUGUCAUCCUGAAGUAAAUUCAACUAGAAUAAAGUGUGAAGCAAGAGGAUGUUGCUGGCUGGAUACCAAUUACAGACAUAAACCAUCAGUGGAUAUUGCAGCCCCUUAUGGUCUAGCACCAGUAGAUGUCCCGUACUGCUUUUAUCCAAGCGAUUAUAAUGACUAUAUUGUAACCAAGAAAGUUGAUACACAUCUUGGAUUUAAGAUUUGGCUCUCUUCGACAAUGUCUUCAUACUAUCCUGGAACUGUGGAAAAACUUAGUGUUGAUAUCAGCUUUGAAACAGCCAAAAGACUUCAUGUUAAGAUAACUGAUGCUGAGUCUGCAAGAUUUGAGGUUCCCCUUGAUGUGCCAGAGGUUAAGGAACCUGCCAACAUGACUGCUUACAAUGUGACUGCCAGCGGGGUCGGGUCCAGAUUCUCACUUACAGUCACCCGAACCAGUUCUGGGCAGCCAGUAUUUAGCACUCUACAAAAUGCACCACUAAUUUUCACAGAUCAGUUUCUUCAACUGACCAGCCUGCUGACCUCUCCUUUCUUGUCUGGUCUCGGUGAGCAGCGUGAGGGAAUCAUGUUGGAUGUCAACUGGACCCGUAGAACUCUCUGGAAUCUAGACCAUGGCCCUGAGGAGAAUUCCAACCUUUAUGGUUCCCACCCCUUUUAUGUUGCUAUGGAAACAGGUGGCAAAGCUAAUGGCUUCUUUUUGCUCAACAGCAAUGCUAUGGAUGUCAUUCUGCAACCAUUGCCAGCAGUAACAUGGAGGACUAUUGGAGGAAUUCUGGAUUUCUAUCUUUUCCUGGGGGAUUCCCCUGCAGAUGUUAUUUCUCAGUACACAGAGGUGAUAGGUCGAACGUUUCUGCCACCAUAUUGGAGUCUUGGAUUUCAUGUCUGUCGCUUUGGAUAUAAAAAUGUCAGUGAUACUCUUAAAGUAACUGACAGAAUACAAAAAGCGGGUAUACCACAGGACGUGCAGUGGAGCGAUAUAGACUAUGCUGUAGGGUGGCGUGACUUUACCAUAGACUUUGACAGGUUUGGAAACAUUUCUGCAAUGUCAGAAAAGCUUCACGCACGCGGACUGAAGUAUGUCAUAAUCACGGACCCGGGUAUUUCAUGUACCCAGCCUGCCGGAACAUACAGGCCAUAUGACCUUGGCCGUGACAUGGACAUCUUUGUGAAGAAUAUAUCUGGACAGCCAUUCAUUGGUCAGGUAUGGCCUGGACCAACUGUGUGGCCGGACUUCAGUAACCCUGCCACGGAGCAAUACUGGUCGUCUCUGAUAGGAGAAUUCCACCAGGAGGUGCCAUUUGAUGGGCUGUGGAUCGAUAUGAAUGAAGUUUCCAAUUUUGUUGAUGGUGACCUCUACACACAAACUUGCCCUGAUACUCGCUAUGAUUUCCCACCCUACCUUCCAGAUGUGAAUGGAGGCCGACUAUUCAGCAGCACCAUGUGCUGUUCCUGUAGACAGAACCUAUCUCUGGCCUAUGAUCUCCAUAAUAUGUAUGGAUCCAUGGAAACACAGGUCACAAACAGAGCGCUAAGGUCUGCAAUACAGGGACAGCGGCCUUUCAUAAUUUCAAGGUCAACUUUUCCAGGUCAAGGUCAUUAUGGUGGGCACUGGACAGGUGAUAAUGCACACACAUGGCAUGACCUGUAUAGGUCAAUAUCAGCCAUAUUACAUAUGAACAUGUUCGGCAUCCCCAUGACUGGCGCUGACAUUUGUGGUUUCCAUUUGAAUGCCACCUAUGAGCUGUGCCUGCGUUUCUACCAGCUCGGAGCAUUCUACCCCUUCAGUAGGACACACAAUGUCGAUUAUACUGUUGACCAGGACCCAGGUGCAUUUGAUGACUUCUUCGCCAGCUCAGUGCGAGACGCCUACCUGGUUCGCUACUCCCUGCUGCCUCUGUUGUACACGCUGUUCUACAAGAGUUAUAGCACAGGGUCAACUGUCGCCCGAGCUAUGUUCAUAGAGUUUCCACAAGAUGUUGGCUCAUAUGGGGUGGACACCCAGUUUCUGUGGGGCUCAGAACUUCUGAUUGCGCCAGUCCUCACUGAGAUGGCAACUAAAGUUGAUGUCUACCUUCCCCCAGACACGUUGUGGUAUGACUUCUAUGAAGGUCAGUCACUUCAAGGUCAAGGUCAGAAUGUUACCUUGGAUGCCCCACUGUACAAGGUAAACCUUCUGGUGAGAGCAGGGAGGAUAAUCCCCAGACAAGAACCAGCUCUUACAACCAAGCUAAGCCGGAUGAAUGAUUUUUCACUUCUAGUUGCUCUGGCAACUGAUGGUACCGCAGUCGGUAGUCUAUACUGGGAUGACGGAGACACAAAUGAGUUUGAAAGUGGCCGUUAUCUCUUUGUUGAUUUUGAUGUUGAAAAGACAUUUCUGGCUUCCAUUAUUCGCCAUGGCAACUUCACUGAUUUGCCGAACCUCUCCCAUGUGACUUUCUGGGGAUUUGACAGUGAUCCACGUGACCUGCGUCUGAACAACAUUAGUCAGCACUACCAGUAUGAUGGGCAACGAAAGAUACUAAGUGUGGAUCUGUCACCCAACGUCAUCUUGUAUCAGCCGUUUGUGCUUACAUGGACUUGAGAGCCGAUCACAACAACAUCAGUAUGCUGUCGUCAUGGAAACCUACAACCAUUAUGUGAGGCGGUAGAAUUCCCAUGACAUACACACAGGAUAACGCCGCAGUGCUUGCGCAUUCCCGUAUUGUAAUAUGUUGUGUGAUCCGCAAAUUCUAUCACAAUAACUUCACGAAUUAAACAUUCAUGUGGUGCCAAUCUGUACGUUUAGUGCCUGAGUUGAAUUGUGCUUUAAUUGUAUAUCAGAAAUGCAGAUUCUUCCAUUAGACCAUAUGAAGAUCCCGGUAAUUGUUAUUUGCGCUCGAUUGGUCAUUGUCAGCUCGGGUACUACUUACAUGUACCCCGGGUACUCUUAAGUAUACUUACAUGUACCCCGGGUACGGUAAAUAUACUAAAUCGUACCCGGUCGAUAUUAGACUGUACCCAAGGAUUUCCGCCCCAAAUCCGAUGUCGUAAAACGCGCUACCGAUUAUCUUUAAUAAAACUUCUCUUUUUAAUAAAUCUGCAUCAACAUGCUUUUUGAGUAUGAGUUUUGAUAAUAUAGAUGCCAUUUUACAGAAAAUUGACAUAUAUGUAAAUAUAAUUAAUUCCAAAAAAAUAGCCGACAACGACUGAUUUAGCGUUAAAUUUCCCGGGUACGAUUAAGUAUAUUUACCGUACCCGGGGUACAUGUAAGUAUACUUAAGAGUACCCGGGGUACAUGUAAGUAGUACCCGAGCCGACAAUGACCAAUCGAGCGUUAUUUGCAUUUUUUGUCAUACAAAAGUUAAGCAAACAUCGGGUUGUGUUUCAUUUAUUUAUGUCGGUCGGUAAGUACAUUAAGCUUUUACUAAUCCAUUGCUGCAUGCACAGUCUAUGAUACAAACAAACUCUUCGCUAAAAAUAAUGAAAUCUUGUAUAUCAAGCAAGGACACAUUUCAUGACCUUUUUAGAACAAAAGUGGUUCCAUUACAUGUCAAUGGCAAUAUGCUAUACAUGCUACGUGCAAGAACUGUGUGACAAUAUGCUUAUUUGGACUACAUCCUUCAAAAGAAGCACAUCCUGCAUGUUACGCCAUAAAUUCAGUUUGAACGUAAACUAAAAUCGUUUUUUGUUGAUCUAUUCUCUAAACGGGAGUGAUUUUAGUGCAUAUGUUCCCUGUUACCUAUGCUUUUUGAUUAGAGUAAAAAUAGGUUAAAGGUGUGGGGACAGUGGUCUAGUGGUAAGAUGCUGGGCUAGGGAUCGAAAUCUCCCUGGUACGAAUCCCGUCCAGGCACUGGAUUUUUCUGAGCGAAAAAUUAAUCCCACGCUUGCUCCUCUCCAUAAAAGGGUACCUGUGAGGGAAAUAAGCCAAUGUGCCGUGACUGCCUGGUGCGCCAUAUGUAAACGGACGACUUAAAUCCCAGUGAAUGGGGGGUUGAUUGUGAAGUCGGCUGAAGAUGUAUAUUGAAGCAGACUAUAAACCGCACCUAUAAACCUUUGAUCAGAGUAGCAUAACACAUAAGGAUAUGCUGAUAAUCAUCGUGCCAUUUGCACCAACGCUUACCGGUAUAUGGUUGUCAAAUAUCGCAAUUUAAUCGUAUUUAUGCAAUCAUUAAAUUUGGUUAUUAUAUACCGUAAUUACUCUAUGUUUUCGGACACCCCCUUUUUUAGCAAAAAUAAUUAUUUUUCGUGACUCUUAAUUUUCGGACACACAAGUUUUUGUCCAUAAUUAAUGUCUCUAAGUUUUCGGCCAGUAUAUUUUACAGCGCUAUUUUACCAAAUUUCGGUCCUGUUUUCGAUAUCUAAUGACACUUCUAUCAUGGGGUUUUACAACCAGAUUAACAUCAUUAAACAUGACAGGUGCAUGCCUGAGGGCAACGGACCAUGACAUUUGCGUCAUUGGGUAAAUAACCUUGUAAACCGGUAUUAAACAAUGGUUUCGCCCGAUAGCAUAAGCGUUAUGACAUAACAGGAGUAGUGCCAAUUAACAGUUCAAUUAUCUACCGCAAUGGUACUUCCCCUUCUCAGUAAAAUAAAUACUAAACGCUUCAAAGUGUGAUGCACCCAAUUGCAAGUUUUACGAACAAUGGAAGCUAUUAGACAACAACUAUCGGAAAUGAGCAAACAAAGAAUUCAUAGUUUGCUUUUUGUAUUGCGUUAAUUACAGGUUCAUACUAGGGAGUAUCGGUACAUCACAUGCUCAUCUUUGAACUCGUUGGUCUAAUUACAACCUUGUAGUAACUUUCUGUCAAAUAAAUUAAGCAUUUAAAAUGCAGUACAAACAUAUAUAACUGUAAUUUAUACUAUACGGCAUGGUAUUUUACAAGCGCGUGCUAUUACCGGUAGUCGUUGAUACAAUUGACGCUAUUUUUGGACACUUACAUUUUCGACUUUUAGUUUUCGGACACCUGUAUUUUGUGAAUAUAUUUCGUAUCUAAGUUUUCUGACACGAAUUUUUUUAAGUGUCCGAAAACAUAGAGUAAUUACGGUAUAGUCUGAAUGUUUGAACGAAGAAUUGCUUUUUUUGUUUGUGUUCUUUUGGUUACAUUGUUGUAUUGUUUUGUCCAAUGUACAUAAAGGGUUAUAAAUGUAAAUAAAGGGUUUUAAUAAAUUUCACAACAUCCA